GACCCAGAAAUAGACUCCCACAGAGUUGCAAGGCACAGGCCGUGCCCUGCCCCGCACGCACGCGCGCAGGCACCAGCGGCACACAGACCAGGCGUUGGCCAGGGCGCUAACAUCCACAUGCACACCCACAGUCACUGCGCCGUGCCACAAAAGGGUGCGGACACACAGCGUGCACACACAUCUGCAGCCGCCCGCGAGCCCGCCUGGUCCGGCACACCCACCGCAACCGGCCCUGGGACUGGAGCAAGGCCUCCUCGGGGCUUGGGCUCCCCCCGGAUGCCUUCCAGCGAAUGUUUCCCUACUUGGCCUGCCUGGUCUCUGGGGAUAGGGCCUCAGAAAUGCGGCAGGAGCCACUGGGGGGUGGGGGGGGUUGGAACUGCCUGUUCCCUGCCUGCGAAUUCCCCAGCCGAGAAACUAUUUGUGGCGAGGGCCGGGUGGCCGAAGAGCCCCCCGCCAGCUCCCCUGUGUCCCCUCCCCGUGCUGCCACCGGAGCGGCCUGGCCGCAGCGCUGCUGCCCAGUGCCCAGCCUCUGGCGGGUCGGUGCGCCUCGCCGCCGGUCGGCGCGGUCUGGACCCCCGGGGUGCAGGGCGCACGGGCGGGCUGCUCCGACCCCGCCGCGUCCGCGGGCAGACCCCGGGCCGCCGGACUAUUUCUGUCUUAUCAGUGCAGGAAUGCGGCAGCCGCGGCGGUGGCGGCGGCGGGCGGGCGGCGGCGGCGUGGGCUGUGGGCCGUCAGGGCAGCCCUGAAGGGGCCCCCUCCCCACUCCGCUCGAGUAGAAGUGUGAGAGAGCCCAGCAGGACUCAGAGGGGAGAGUUGGAGGAAAAAAAAGGCAGAAAAGGGAAAGAAAGAGGAAGAGAGAGAGAGUGAGAGGAGCCGC